AUAUUCGUAUAUAUAUAGAAAAUUUAUUAUUACGUUAAUUGAGUAAACAAGUACACUUCCUCUCGGUAUUUGGAUGGCUCCCAGUGGCAUUGGAAAACGUUUAAUCGUGACUCAGUAGAAACGUUAAGAUGUCGGGAGGUCAGGAAGUUUUGAGUUUGAAGGAAGAUGAUGUUACAAAGAUGCUUACAGCUUGUACGCACAUAGGGAGCGACAAUGUUGAUUAUCAGAUGGAACAGUACGUGUACAAGCGGCGCCCCGAUGGGAAUCAUAUAAUCAACCUGCGUCGUACCUGGGAGAAAGUGCUGCUUGCUGCCCGUGCGAUUGUUGCCAUUGAACAUCCGUCUGAGGUGUUUGUGAUAUCCUCACGUAGUUAUGGUCAGCGAGCAGUUCUAAAAUUUGCUGCCCACACUGGAGCUACUCCAAUUGCUGGACGGUUCACACCUGGCGCAUUCACCAACCAGAUUCAAGCAGCUUUCCGUGAACCCCGUCUUCUGAUUGUGACAGAUCCAGCCCAGGAUCAUCAGCCAAUCACUGAGGCUUCAUAUGUUAAUAUUCCUGUUAUUGCAUUUUGCAAUACUGAUUCUCCUCUGCGUUUUGUGGACAUUGCAAUCCCAUGCAACACCAAAUCUGCACAUUCUAUUGGCCUGAUGUGGUGGCUGUUGGCACGAGAAGUUCUGCGUUUCCGUGGCUCCAUUCCUCGGGAUGGCAAGUGGGAUGUUGUUGUGGAUCUCUUCUUUUACAGAGACCCUGAAGAGGCUGAGAAGGAAGAGCAGGCUACAAAGGAAGUGGUGGCAGCCCCACUGAAGGCCGAUACUGACUUUGCCUCACAGCCAGCUGAAGUGUGGGGUAGUGAGAUUGUCACAGAGCCAGUAACACGGAGUUGGGCAGAGGAUGUUCCAGUUCCUGCGCCAGUGUCAGGAAGCGCUGCUCAGCCUGUCUCGUACAGCACGUCAGAUGACUGGGCCACACAGGUAUCGGAAGAGUGGGGAGCAAACACCGCAACUGUUGCCCCUACCUCUGAUUGGGGUGGUUCAAAUAGUUGGAACUAAACUGUAUUUUCUUUGUUUUGAAAUGCAGUGUCUUCUGAAGAUUGUGAUAAAGUGACAGGCCAAUGAA